UUCAGUCUCCUUGCGCCGUUCUUCUCAAACCAAGAAAGAGUAAAGACGCCACUGGAGAUUUUUUCCAAGCGCGUCUCUCUUUUUUUAUAUAUUUUAUUCCUCUUUUCCCAUUAUUUUUUACUAAUUAUUCUCAUCAUCGCUCCGCUUAAGAUCCCUUCCCAAUCCUCGUGAAACCCUAAAUUCCCCUCGCCGAGAUCGAAUCCCCAUCCUCGGUAUCAUCGUCGUAACCCCAGCGUUUUCAUCCCUUCUCGCUUCAAAAUUCGAGCAUCAAGAAGGGAUUUUGAGCAUCUGGGUCGCUUAGAUUUGGCUCCUUUAAGUAGAAAAACCGAAUCUUUUAACAGAUUUGAUCAGCGAUGAAGCCAAUUCUCAAAACUAGGGCGGAGGAAGACGUCGAUUACUUCCCCUCGUCACCGAAGAAAGACCGAUCUCUUAUGAAAGCAGUCUCCACUUUGGUCAUUUUCAUGGCGGGGAUCGUUCUGGGGUUAUCAAUAAGCGCCCAUUUCACUCGCUACUUCAGCACUCACUCCGACCUCUUCUUCCCGAAAGCGAUGUACUCUGCAAACUGCGACAAAGAGUGCUCGAGCAUCGAUCGGUUCGUUAAGCCCGUGCAUUUGACGCACGGGAUGAGCGACGAGGAGUUGUUUUGGAGGGCGUCUUUGGUGCCGAAGAAGGAGGAGUACCCGUUCGAGAGAGUGCCGAAGGUGGCGUUUAUGUUCAUGACGAGAGGGCCGUUGCCCUUCUCGCUGUUGUGGGAUCGGUUUUUCAAAGGGCGUGAGGGUUUGUUUUCGGUGUAUGUUCAUAGCUUGCCGGAUUAUAAAAUGAAUGUGUCCGAGGAUUCGGCUUUCUUCGGCCGGCAGAUUCCUAGCGAGGAGGUCGAAUGGGGAACGGUAUCACUAGUCGAUGCAGAGAAGCGCCUCUUAGCAAAUGCACUCCUCGAUUUCUCCAAUGAGCGAUUUGUUCUUCUCUCGGAGAGCUGCAUCCCUGUAUUCAACUUCCCUACAGUAUAUGAGUACCUCAUAAACUCUGCCCACAGCUUUGUCCAAUCCUACGACGAAGACUCCCCUCAUGGCCGAGGCCGCUACAGUCAUCGCAUGCGACCUUAUAUCACUCUCACCCAAUGGAGAAAAGGGUCUGAAUGGUUCGAGCUCAACCGUGAGCUCGCCAUCGAAGUAGUCUCAGACUCAAAGUACUACUCUCUCUUCAGGAAAUAUUGCAAGCCCUCUUGUUACCCCGACGAGCAUUAUAUCCCCACUUACUUGAAUAUGUUCCAUGGUGGCUUGAAUGCGAAUCGGAGCGUGACUUGGGUCGACUGGUCGAGAGGUGGGCCCCACCCUGCGACAUAUGGGAGAGAGAGUAUCACUAAGGGAUUCAUUCAAUCUAUCAGAAACAAUGGGACUGCCUGCACUUACAACAACAAGCCCACUUCGCUUUGUUACCUGUUUGCGAGGAAGUUUGCUCCUAGUGCCUUGGAGCCUCUACUGAAUAUGAGCUCAACAGUGCUGGAUUUUUGAGGUGCUGCUUUCUUUUCUUCUCUAGGUCCUGGCUACAUAGAUAGUUUUGUAUUCUUUGUACCGUGUUUUGACACAGUUGAUGUGAAUAGAGCUCUUCAUUUAUUUGAUUAACUUGGUGUUUUUGCCUAUCUUAUUUCUA